CCGGACCAGACACAAAGCCGAUCAAUCCCGCCCGCGCUGGGGGGGGGGGGGGACGCCCCGCCAGGGCUUCCCUUCCGCUCCUCACCUCCUUCUGUCCCCUCAUUAGGACACCUCGUCCGACUUCUUCGGGCCGCCCCCUGGCAUCCCUUCCACCUCUCCCCGCAAAAAAAACAAAAAAAACCCAAAAAACUCCCAAAGAACAGCCCAGAUUCUUAGACUCCCCCCCUCCAGCCCCAAGGCUGGGAAAGACCUGCCUGCAGGCAGCGGGCAGAAAAGGCGCCCCAGCAAGGGGGAAACUGACAGCGCUCAGGGUCCGCCCCUCUCCCUCCGCGUCCCCUCCUCUGCUCUCCACCCGCUCUCCCGCCCCAGAGGUUCAGCGGCCCCCGGCCUCCCGACCCUUGGCGGCGCAGGAGCUGCCGGCUGGCCCCCGGCAAGCGGGAAGAUGGCGAGGAGCCGCCACCGCCUCCUUCUGUUGCUGCUGCGCUACCUGGUGGUCGCCCUGGGCUGUCACAGGGCUUAUGGAUUGUCUACCCCACUAAGAGAUCAGCAAGUAGUGACAGCAAUUGAGUAUCAAGAUGUGAUCUUAGCUUGCAAAUACUCCAAGAAGACCACCUCAUCUCGAUUAGAAUGGAAGAAACUGGGGCUGAGUGUUUCCUUUGUCUACUAUCAGCAGGCUCUUCAAGGUGAUUUUAAAGAUCGAGCUGAAAUGCUGGACUUCAAUAUACGUAUCAAAAAUGUUACCAGAAAUGACGCGGGGAAAUAUCGCUGUGAAGUUAGUGCCCCCUCUGAGAAAGGGCAAAAUCUGCAAGAGGAUACAAUCACCUUGGAAGUAUUAGUGGCACCAGCUGUACCAUCAUGUGAAGUGCCUAAUUCUGCACUGAGUGGCACUGUGGUUGAGCUACGAUGUAAAGACAAAGAAGGCAAUCCAGCUCCUGAGUACACAUGGUUUAAAGAUGGCGUCCGCUUACCAGAGAGUCCAAAACUCGGCUUCCAGAGCAGCAACAGUUCAUACACAAUUAACACAAAAUCUGGAACUCUGCAGUUCAACACCGUCUCAAAGCUGGACAGCGGAGAAUAUUCCUGUGAAGCCCGAAAUUCUGUUGGGCAUCGCAAGUGUCCUGGGAAAAGAAUGCAAAUAGAUGAUCUCAACAUGAGCGGCAUCAUAGCAGCUGUAGUGGUAGUGGCCUUGGUGAUUUCUGUUUGUGGCCUUGUUGUUUGUUAUGCUCAGAGGAAAGGCUACUUCACAAUAGAACAGGCUGAAGAUGACACACAGGUGAGUCUUGAAGGACUUUGGCAAACAUAGGGAGAAAAGGCAGAAUUGUCUCAUCUCAACUUUCAGAAAACAUCACAGAAUGUGAGAUGUCCCCUGAAGUGGCACAGUUCAACAAUACUGAGAGUUAUUCAGCUGGGAUGGAUAGUUCUAGAAUAUUUGCAUGUAUAUACGACCCUUUUAAGUGAGGAAUUGUCUUUCCUAAGAUAGGAGCUGGUUCCUAGUUUUGUGAUAAGAAAUUUCAUGGGAAUAAAUCUGUAAAUUAUUUCCUUGACAUAGCACACUGGAAUGUUGGAUGUCAAGUUUAGCACAACUAAGUGUGUUUACAAGUUCUAUAAGAUCUAGAAACCUAUAUUGUAUUACAGUUGCUUCAGAGCAAGGUUUCCUGUUCUUCAAAUGAAGCCUCUUAUAGUUCCAGAUCUAUGUUUUGUGAUACAACAGCUUUGAUGUAAAUGGAUGAGACCACUAAGAAACAAUCUCUUUUAUUCUCUUAAUACAUUUU